AUGCGGCGUCGUCUCGGUCUACAGUUCGUCCUGCUGAUAGCCUUAUUAUUGGUCAUCAGGCAGGCCUUCUCCCAAGAAGAUGAUUAUGAGAAUCCUGCGAAGGCCAACGCCACAAGUACUGGUACUCCAAACAUUACACUUCCAGGAACGCUGAAUACAACUCUACGGCCCACAUCUUCACCCCUCUUGACCAAGGCACCCUCCAAAACGAAUGCAGCUCAGGAUCCAACACCAUGCCCGACCGCCGCACCGUUUCUCCUGAUAAGGCCUCUUCGCAAUAUGAAAGUUUCAUUGUUUGGAGCCUACGAUUCCUCGCGGAACGACGAGCUGUUGAUUCUAUUGAAAUCUCUACUAGAACAAUCACUCUACGAUGCCAUGGCCAAGUACUUUGUGCCGGAAUCAGACAAGAACGAGUUCACGACGGAACAAGAUCUUUCGAAUUUGAGCAUAUUGUCCAAAGUGACCUUAGAAUGGACAACCACCAUGUUCACAUUCGAUGGAGACCCGUACCAUAGCAGUCUUCAAGCUAGUGGGACUUUAGCAUUCACCUCAUAUGACUAUUUCUUGUUGCAUCCGCAAACCAUAUUGUCGCUACAGGAACAAGCGAUGGCUGGAAAUGCUACCACCAAUCAUCGUAUUGACUUGAAUCAUAUGGAUUGGUUGUUGGAGCAAAAGAAUUUGCCUCUCCAAGUGGGGCAAUUUAUCAUGGUCGAAGCAGGCGAGGAUGCGCCCACAGCAGCGCCAACCACAUGGAACUUGGAUGAUGAUGACGACAUUAUCAGCAACGUCACCACCGACCUCAAGGAUGAUAACAUUCGAAAUAAUCGAGACGAUUUCGACGAAACUGGUUAUACCUAUGGACCGCCCAAAUCCGUCAGCAAAGAAACUAUUCGAGCUGUUUUGAUUGUUGCCUGUACUCUUUCGGCCCUAGCAUUUGGUCUCUUUUCGAGAUUUGUCGCCAUCAAAUCGAAACAAAUAAAGAAAGAUCGCAUGGUGUGUAAGCAAAGCUUUGCCAAGAAGGAGGGUGUUCAAGAUGAAAAUAACAGUGAAGCAAGCAAUGGAGAUUUCAAGGCGACCGGUAUCGGAAUGUCACCCAUGACAGACAAAUCCGUUUCGUCAGGAUCGCGGACACAAGUCCCUUCGCCGAAUGAUACCAUGAGUGUGUCAUCAUUUUCUGACGAUUCGGUAUCCAUAACGAAUGAAGAAGAUCCCGAAGCGUACGAAGUAUUUGUUGAAGAAAACAGCGGCGAUGAAACAGAUGUGAUAGAAAUUGGUCGUUGUUGA